AUGGUUAAGCCAGCCACGGCUGCAGGGGGUGUGCAAGAGAGGCCGCAAGUGGCAGCGAAAAGACCGAACACACAGAGGCCACUGCAUGCCAAGAGAGCACCUUUGAACCCAGAUCAACAGAGUCCGUUAGAGGUUCCGAAGAUCUCACCUCGAUUACCUUUGGCGUUGGACCAGUCUGAAGCCGCCCGGCCGACGUUUUGGCCCUUGGACCGACCGUUAGCCCAUGCACCCGCUAUGGGUCCUGGAGUCUGUGCACCAAGCCCGCGACUGAGCACAGGGAGGGAGAAGAAGGAGGGAGAGCGAACAAGGAAUCCUCAUUGCAGAUGGGCUACCGCCGCGGAACGAGGCUGGGAAAGCUACCGUGUUGUCGGAGUCGAGCCUGGAAAGGAAGACUUGCGCGUUCUAGCUACGAGCUAG